UAUGCAUGAAUGGCGAAGUUUACUUACAAUGUCCACACAGACAGUCUAUUCUUAUAACGAAUAUAGUGUACGAAACCAAGUGGAAUAUUUUUAAAUGGAGGUCAUUUAAUCCGUUAGUUUGUAAAACAUGGACCAACACAUGGAAUGAUUGCAAAUACUCAAUUUCCUACCAACCCUUACAAGACCAGUGUAUAGGGGAAGAUACAUGUACAGUGAUGAUGAACUACAAUCCAUGCUCAUCAGUACCAUUGUUGUAUGCUACUAUAUAUUAUGAAUGUUCAGAAUCAAGAUAUGAAACAAUAGUUCCACUGAUAAAAUACUACUCCAAUGGUAUACCAACAUCUACAUCUACACAGAAAGCUAACAACUCACCAAAUCAUAAGCACAAGAAAAAAGAUGACGAUGACGACGACGAUGACGACGAUGACAAAAUCCACAACGAAAGCCAAAACAACAAAUCUUUGAAAAUUUGUCUAGGGACGGCUGUUGGAAUCACCUCGCUUAUAGCAAUUAUUGCUUUGCUUUGCAUUUUAAAAUCCAGGAGAAACAAACAUGAACAAAGACCAAACCCUAUGGCUCGCAGCAAUCAUUUGAAUCCUGAAUAUAAUAACGGUUUUGAAAACUCAACUGCAUACCAGAUUUCAGCUACAAAUCCAACAUACACAGGAUACAGCCAAACAAGGAUGGACAGAGUCGAUACUUCUAGAGAUAUCAAUUAUGCUUUGCCUUCAUAUGAAGAAGCAGUCAGUAACCCGUACGACGAGGUGAAUUAUAGAACUUCAAAGUAAACAAAACUGUAACACUAAUUGUAAUGAAGUGUCUAGAAACAACUGUUUUAAGGCUUUGCUUAUUUUUCUAUAUCAUGGAAUAUAUAACGAAAUUAAGACUUAUACUUAAUAAAAUGGUAGUUUUAUAUGGAUAGUUCUUUCAAAUCAUAUAAACUAAAUUAAUAAAGCGGAUAUAGUCACUGCUUCUACGUAAAAUAACUACCCAACCAUAGCAGCUGACGUCUUUGAUGCCGAACAUUAAUGUUGGUUAUUAGUGUUUGUUAAGAUGUUGUCUUGCUUUAUUUUUUUAUUUUUCAAUGUACACGUGUUUUUGUAUAAUUUUAUGACUUUCGUGUA